UCCCUAAGUUGACAUUUUUAAAUAGCAACCUCCAUUUUUGUUGCAUCUAUCGAUUUUACGUCAAAAUUUGAGUAUUUUCCAUGAAAAAAUGGCGUUUAAUACACAUUGUAUGCUAUUGGACAAAAGAAAAUCCCGGAUGAAUGCGAACAUAAUAUACCCAGUAUCCUGAAAAAAUAACGUUAGGGCAGAAAUUAUCAACAAUCAAUCAAUUACUCAAUUACUUUUUUGAACUCACUCAACGGUCUACAUAUCUUGAUUUCUUACAACAAUCCCCAAUUUAAGAAAUUCAUGUCCCAGUGCCAAUACGUGCUAAUGACGAAAGUUUUAGGUUUAUACAAGAUGGUGCACCACCACAUCAUGCAGUUCAGGUUAGGCAAUACCUAAAUAAAGUAGCAUUUCGUAAUAGAUGGAUUGGAAGCGUGGAUCAAUUGAAUGGCUACUAAGAUCCCUCGAUCUCUAUCCUUUGGAUUAUUUUUUAUGAUGACAUCUUAAAACUGUGGGACACAAAACAAUGUUAUCUUUUACUUGAAAUAAAAUAGUAAAGUAAUUUUUGACAGCUCUUUUCUGGGAAACAGCUGAAUAUCGACAUAGGGUGUGCAACAUAAAAAAUACUCAGAAUUUUAAGUAGAAUCCAUAAAUACAACAAAAAAUGGGGGUUCUACUAUUUUAAAGUGUUAAUUUAGAGAUCGUAUCUCAAUUUUGGACACCUGCACAUUUCAAUUUUAUAUCAAAAAAUGCGCGUUAAAAAAAUAACAUAGAUCUCUAAGCAUUUUUCUGGAAGAAUAUUCCCUGAAUUUUUAUCGAAUUUAUUCCUUACUUUAUGUACACAGUGUAUAUACUGCAUUAAGUCUAAAUCAAAAUAGUGUGAUAGUAUUAUAAUAUUUUUUUUAUUAACAUUGGCAUUCGUGAUUGACUUAUUGAUUGGAGAUAAGCUAACCAUUUGGAAUAGAAGGUUAUAUUUUCGCUUUUAUCUAUGCAACAAAAUUUUACUCCAAAUUUACGCGGCAUAGCAUAACUAAAAUAAAAUAAUGACUUGAACUGCCAUGUCCUUCAAUUACACCACUAAAAACUACAGGAAGAAUUGUUGAAAUUGAUUUCUAUUUUGUUUAUAGAACAUCCGAAUACGAUUCCCAUUACUUCUGCGUACGUGUAUUUCUCUGUUGUUUUCUUGCUAGCACGCUAACUGAGUUUAAAAGUGUUGAUGUACAUCGCCAGCUUGACCGCCAUUUAUUUUAUAUAUUAUCUGUUGUCUUGAAUCAUACUAGUAAAUGACCAAUGCUUGAAUGUCUAUAAUGGUUCUUUACAACUUAUCGUUUCAGGUUUCUUGCCUGCUGCAAUAGUAAGAAUCGUUUCCACUCGUUCCUGAAUAGUAUUGGGCUAUUAUUGUUGAUUACUGAAAGAAAGAAAUAAAAAAUAGUCGAUAUCAAGUAGAUGAUUUAUAACAACUUGUUACCAACAACUUCGUCCUGUAUCGUAUUUUCGAUAUCUGCACACAAAAAAACCGGAGUUAUUCAGACUUUUGCAUCACCUUAUGUUUGUAUUUUUUUUAAAGAGCUUUCGAUUGAUUUGCCUGUUUACUCAUUGGGUUACUACACAAAAUGUAGUGGAAUUUAACGAAAUUUUAAAAUAAUAUCAAUUUUAUUUUAUAGGCAAAAAGUAAUUAUUUCAAUGGAAUUACAAGAGAUUUUCAAAAUGUAAAACCAUACCCUUAUGGUUUUACAUUUUUUAUUUCUUGAUUUACCGAUACUGUAUAUUCUUCAUUACAAGUAAUACAUAGAACAUAGAAAGAAGUUCUAAGUUGUUUCUGAAGAAGAUUGUAACAUGGCAUCGGGAACGUUAAACAUUUUUUUCAAAAACGCACGACUUAACCCGAACGUUUUUAGUUCUAGGUCUAAUGAUAGUGCUAGUGUUAGUUUAAUUAACACCAACCGUGGAAGCCUUCGUACUUAUAUUACAAUUCGAAUUUGUUAAAAAGUACUUUUUUUAAUUAAUCCAUUUGUACAACAAAAACAAUUUUUAUCAGAAAAACUGAAUUUAAGAUAAGAUGUCAUUAACUUUUUACAUUUCACGUUUUUGAAAAUAUCCUUUAAUCCGCCCCCUGUAAAGUCAUAACCGUAAAAAUUCUCGAUAUAAGUAAUAUCUUUUUGGUGUUUUUCCUUAAUUACUGGAAUGCAUAUUAAUAUUAUAUACUUAAUGGUUAUCUUUACGAGACUACAUAAAGUUGCGCAUAUUUAAACCGAAGCAACUCUAUUUUCUGUCUAAUGAAAGUAUAUGUAACACAAGAAAUGGUGUGCACAAAUAAUUUCUUAAUUUUCGUUUAUAUUGUUACAUUUCUGCCCAUACAACUUGUAAUCUGUCAUGGAAAUAUUUAUGUUGACGAUGGAGGUCCCAAAGAUUGGCCAAAUAAAUAUCCACAAUGUGGAGGAAAUCGACAAUCUCCAAUAAAUUUACCAAGCAUCUGCGAUGCUCUCAGAAUCAACAACUAUGGAAAUUUUCGAAGAUCGAAAACGUUUACUAAAAAACCAAAUAACGUCAAAGUUUCUGUUACUGAUCAUGGAGUUGAAAUAAAACCAACCUACGAAUAUGGGGAACAAGUAACGAUAACCGGAGGACCACUGCAAGAUACCUACGUUCUUGAACAAAUUCAUUUUCAUUGGGGCAGUAAUAAUUCAGUUGGUAGUGAACACACAAUAAAAAGCAAAGUUUAUGCAUUAGAAACUCACGCCGUACAUUAUAAUUUCAAAUACGGUUCUUUUAAAAACGCCAUAAAUCAAUCAGAUGGUUUGUUAGUAAUUGCUUACGUUUAUUAUCCCCAAUGGAUUACCAAAAGCAAGAGUUGGAAUUUGCUCACGAAACAAUUUGUAUACAUGUCCGACACUAACACAACCGAAUCCGACAUAACUGGCUUUCCAGCGCUUACUGACAUAUUACCACCUUUUGACAGUAAUUAUUACACUUAUUCGGGUUCUUUAACAACACCUCCAUGCUCCGAAUCUGUUACUUGGAUCGUAUCGGGAAAACCUGUACCCAUUUCAACAGUUAGGUUAAGGGCAUUAAGAGGGCUUUAUGGUAUACAACCUGGCGCAAUCAACAAUUUUAGACCAGUUCAACCACUUAAUGGUAGAUUGAUUACUGUUAAAAUUAAUGAAGCGGAAUAUAUAUUAAAAUGUAUUUUUGGUCGUAUUUUAUAAAUACAAAUAAAUAACCA